AUGGAAGACCGGAGGAAGUUGUGUCCCUUUGCCGUGCGGGUCGAGGGGGGCUGGGGGGCCGCGGAUCCCCCCAAGAGCGUGAGAAACAAACUCCUGUGCUACUUCCAAAGCCGGAAGAAGUCUGGCGGGGGCGAGUGCGAGCUCCAGCUGCGGUCCGGCCAGCUCCUGGCUUGUUUUGCCGAGGAGGAAGUGAGGCAGAGAGUUCUAUCCCAGAAGGUCCAUGAGCUUGAUGUUGCUGGAAAUGGAAAAUUGGUAUUGACUGUCAGGCUGCAUGAAACAGCUGAAGCCCCUGCAAAGGGUUUGCCUAAAGAGGAGAGGGUUCCUGAACAGGCUUCUAAGAAAGAAGAUCAUCCAGAAGAGAGAGCUGUGCAGGAAAGCUUGCAAAAAGCGGAACUCUCAUCAGCUGGAGUAAAUCCAUGCCAUGACAAGGAUAUUUCUGAAGACUUGCCAGGGUCUUCCCUUGUUGUUCUCGAAAACAUCAAAGAAUCCAUCACGCAUGAAACCUUGACACUACUGGUGGAAAAUAUUUCUUGCCUCUUUGGAGAAGAUGACUUCAAAAUUGAAUUGCUGAGAGAAAGAAAAACUGCUGUGGUAACCUUUCAGAGCAACAAUGAUGCUGCAGACUUUCUUCACAGAUGUGCCCAGAAUGCUAGGUUUAAAUCAUUAAAAAUGACUGCCAGGUCUCUUGAAGUGACAAAAAUGAUCAAAGUUGAAAAUAUGCCACCUGCAAUUUUCGAAGGCUUCAUAGUCCUUUACUUUGAAAGUACUAAGCAUGGAGGAGGGCAAGUGUCCAGCGUUCAGAUGUUUCCUGAGGAAGAUUCUGCCAUUGUUACUUUUUGUGACCACCAAGUUGUGCAGACUGUAUUGGAAAAGCGACAUUCUUUUGAACGUCAGCCAGUGUUGGUUUAUCCAUACUAUAGUUCUUUGAACACAGUUCUGUAUGGAAAUGAGAGGCCGCAGGUCAAAAUGCCAGAACCUGUCAAGCUCUCCUUAGAUCCUUAUAUCUGGAAGUUCAUACAGAUACAGCAUAAACUAGUCGAAGAGAUACAUAAGGAAAUGGGAAAUUGUUGUUGUGAACUAACAUGGCCUCAAGUGACUUGCCAUCAUCCAGAGGUCAUAUUAUGUCCUUCAGCUGCCUUAUCUAAGGAGGCAAGCAGGAGUUGGAAAGACAAGGUUUCCAUGGAAUUUGCCUGCAUUAUGUCAAAGUUCAAGGUUGUCAAAUGUAAAAUAAUCCCAGCAACAUGGGACACCAUAAACAGUACUCUGAUAAAGGGUGAUGUUUUGGCCAUUCCAGAUGAUCACAAAGAAACUGUUACUCUGGCAGGUUUUGUAUUCACUGUAGAUGGUAUGGAGAAGUUGAUAAAAGAACAUGUAGAAAAUGUCAUCAAAAACGAGGAAAAAGCAAAACAAACUGUAGAAGAAACUGUGUCAGUAACUCCAGGAAAGUAUGCUGUUUUGCACUGUGUGCUAUUAAAGGAGAAUGUGUAUAAAAAUAACCCAGAUUUAAAACUCUCUUAUGAUCCUUUAGCAAAGAUUCUUCGGCUACGUGGAUUAAAUGUAGAAGUGUAUAAAAUGAAAAGCGUCAUACUGGAGCAGUUGCACAAAAUGGAAGAGAAACAAGUCAAUAUUCACACCAGUAUUUUUCAGUUCCUACAGCAUGCAAGUAGCAAAAAUGUGUCCCUGAAAAUAUUUGGUGCAAAUAACAUUAAUGCUUCCUAUGAGUUUGCGUCUGAUUGUGUGGUGUUGGUGGGAUGUUCUCCUGAAGUUCUCUGGAAAGCAGAGGAACAGAUGAAACAAGAUUUGGAUCAUAAACAAAUUAGUUUGGACAAUCAAGGAAUUCUGGACAAAAGGGAGUGGAAAGAACUUGUGAGACAAUUACAGAAGAAGCACAGUUCUUCUGAAGUGGCUGUAAUAAUUGAUGACUGCCUUGUUUCAGGGCAAGAGGGAAAAGUAAGCAUAGCUGGCUAUAGAAAACCUGUAGCAGAAGUGUAUCAGGCUCUGUCUGAGUUUGUUGGCAGAAACACCUCCAUGAUGAAAGAAAUCUUAGCCAAGUGUGUGGCUGUUGUGAAAUUUGUGGAGAAGGAAAAAGGUGAGGUUUGGCUCCGCUUGAGAAAGAAAGGUGUGAAAAUUGAGUUUGGCCCUCAGGCUAAAUUUAAGAGUAUUGUGCUGAGUGGAUCCAAAGCAGAGGUCUCGGCUGCAGCUGCUUUGGUUGAAGAAUUGCUGUCUUCAGUGAAUUCUCUCACUGUGGUAUUUGAUAAACCAGGAGUGAAAUCCUUUUUCAAAAACCGUGAACAUUCGUACGUUACUGAAGUCCGGCAAGCCUUCGGCUGUUUGAUCAGACUGCAGGAAGAUGGAGAAGAUAUUAGUAAGGGCUCUGAGAAAAAGAUGGGGCACCCCCACUCUGAAAUAAAGUUAAAAGAUGGUGUUGUGAUAAUAGUUCGUAAGGGUGACUUGACCCAUUAUCCAGUUGAUGUUGUAGUCAAUGCAUCAAAUGAAGACCUGCAGCAUAUUGGGGGUCUUGCUGAAGCAUUGUUAAAAGCAGCGGGCCGUAAACUUCAAAUGGAAUGUGAUGAACUUGUGAGGAGGUGUGGACGUUUGAAGCCUGGCCAUGCAGUGAUCACAGGUGCUGGGAAUCUCCCAUGUAAACAGGUAAUUCAUGCAGUUGGGCCAAGGUGGAAGUAUGAAGAAAGAGAAAAAUGUGUGCAACAGUUAAAAAAAGCUGUGAAGGAAAGUUUACAUCUGGCAGAAACGUACAAUCAUUGCUCCAUAGCCAUCCCUGCCAUUAGCUCUGGAAUUUUUGGAUUCCCGCUAAAAGAAUGUGCCCAUUCCAUUGUGACAGCUAUCAAAGAGAGCUUGGAAGAAUCUAGUGAGAGUGGAUGUGUGAAAAAGAUCUCCCUUGUGGAUUUGUCAGAUAACACAAUUCAGGCUCUCACUGAUGCUUUGAAUAAAGUGUUCAAAGAUGGGUCUCUCCAACCCAAAUCACCAACUCCUCAAAAGGACAAGCAGCCAUCAGAGAAACCAGUCAAAGGAGACCUUCCUGUCGCAUUUUCUCCUGAAGGCUUGAAACUCAUGCUUGUGGAAAAAGGAAUUGAAAAGGCUGUGACGGACGUCGUCGUAGGCAGUAUCGGCAGUGAUCUCAAACUUGGUGUGGGUCCACUUUCAAAAGCACUGCUGAAAAAGGCUGGCUCUCAGCUACAAGUUGAGUUUGACCAAGUGGUCCAACAAGGACAACAGGCUCAGGCUGGCCAUACGAUCCAAACUGGCGCAUACAAUCUGACCAGUAAAAUUGUGCUGCAUGCUGUUGUUCCUGCGUGGAAUGCAGGGAAAGGAAAUGGAAUGAAGGUUCUUCGAGAUAUUGUGAAGGAAUGCCUGGAGAAAACUGAAGCACUGUCUUUAAAUUCUAUCUCAUUUCCGGCAAUUGGGACUGGAGGGUUUGGCUUCCCUAAACUGGAAGUCGCAAAAUUGAUGUUUGAGGAGGUACUUCAGUUCAGUAGCAGGAAGAAUGUGAGGUCUCUUCAGGAAGUUCAUUUUCUCUUGCAUCCAAAUGAUGUAGAAAACAUAAAGGCAUUUUAUGAGGUGUUUGAAUUCAAAAGUUCCACGCUUGUGCCCCCAAAUGAUGGACAAAGUGCAGGUUUCUUUGGACCCAUUUCAACCCCAGUUUUGGGCAUACACGAAAUGCAGAUUGGAACGAUUAAAUUCCAGGUUGCCACAGGAGAUAUAACAAAGGAGAAUACAGAUGUUAUUGUGAAUAUAUCAAAUGCAAAUUUCAAUGCCAAAUCAGGUGUCUCCAAGGCCAUUUUGGAAGGUGCUGGAUCUCAAGUGGAAAUGGAAUGUGAAUUACAAGCUUCACAGGCAAACAAUGGAUUUAUAACUACCCAAGGUGGCAAUCUAAUCUGUAAGAACAUUAUCCACCUUAUCCCUGACUCUGACAUCAAUUCUCAGGUUUCCAAAGUUCUCCAGGAGUGUGAACUGAGGAAGUACUCAUCUGUUGCCUUCCCUGCAAUUGGAACAGGCCAGGGUGGUAAGAGUCCAGAGAAUGCAGCUGAUGAAAUGAUUGGUGCGAUUGCUGACUUUGCAGGAAAUAAAUCACCCCAUCAUGUAAAAGUGAUUAAAAUAGUAAUUUUUCAGCCACAUAUGCAAAAGGCCUUUUAUGCUUGCAUGAAAAACAAAGAAGGUUCUUCAUUACCCUCCUCAACAUCCCUGUGGUCUAGAGUGAAAUCAUUUGUCACUAGUAAAAUUCAGCCUACCCCAAAGAAACGUUUGUUGCUUUUGGAAACGAAAUUAGAAGCUGCAGUGUUUGAAAUCUGUGGUGAACACAAAAAAAAUGUGGAAGACACUGAGGCCUGGUUAAAACAACUAAUUCUGCAGGAGCAAGAAGAAAGGCGUAUCUCUGAUGUGUUAAUCGACAUGUUUGAUGAAGAGGAAAUUAAGCAACUUAAUGACUUGCAGAGAAGAUUACACAUUGCCAUUCACCUGGAUAAAAAGAAGACCCCUCCUUCGAUUCUAGUGUCUGGCUGUUCCCGGCAUGUCCUGGAGGCCCAGAUGAAAAUUCAGAAUCUGAUCCAACGAAUUAAAGAUGAUCGCGAAGAGGAAUCCAAGGCAAAACUUGCUCAAAAUCUAGUUGAGUGGCAAUAUUCACCUAGAGGGGAUCUAUUCUUACCUUUUAGUUUGCUGGAGAAUCUCCAUUUAGAAGAUGCCAAAGUUAACAAUAAUAGGAAGGUAGAGAUCAACAUUGAAGGAAGGAGCUUCAAGGCAGACAUAAAGAACAUGACUGCUACAGACGACCAGGGAACAAGCAUAAACAUUCGGCGCUUGGGAAAGGAGGAAGGUAAACUAUUACACGGACUUCCUAAAAAUUGGGAGGAUAUGAAUGGAGCCCUUGUGAAAAGUGUUGCAUUGCAACCUUCAACACCAGAAUAUAAAGAGGUUGAACAAAAAUUCCAGGCCACCUGUCAUAUGCAGAAAAUAGAAAAGAUUGAAAGGAUACAAAAUCCUUAUCUCUGGCAAUCCUACAAAGUCAAAAAGGAAGAAAUGAACAAUAAGAAUGGCCACGGAAACAAUGAAAAAGUUCUGUUCCAUGGAACUCCCAGUUCAGCAAUAAUCCCAAUUAACCAGACUGGAUUUGAUCGCGGCUAUGCUGGAAAGAAUGCUGCAAUGAUUGGAAAUGGUACCUAUUUUGCUGUUAACGCCAACUAUUCUGCACAGGAUACAUAUGCAACACCAGACCCCAAUGGCAGAAAAUGUAUGUAUCUUGCUCGGGUCCUCACUGGAGAUUUCACAGUUGGAAAACGAAAUCAGAUUACUCCACCACCAAAAACUCCUGGGGGGUUUGAUUGGUACGAUAGUGUCACUGACAACUUGGCAAAUCCAAGCAUGUUUGUUAUAUUUCAUGACACUCAGGCUUAUCCAGAGUAUCUCAUUACUUUCAGAAAUUGAGCUAAUUUUCAUUUGAAGAGCUUCCUUGUCCUUUCCUAGAAACUUUUAAGGUGUAACUUGAAUGAAAAGAUCUUCAUAAGAAUGAUUUUAGUCUUAUCACUUGAACAUUUGUCCAGGAUGGGACAGUGCACAUUGCUGAUGCUCAUAAACAUACUGAAGAAGUGCAUAGUGAAAUGGCCGCUUCAUUGACCUCUGGUUUUCAAGUGACAGGGAAAGGGUUAAAUACUUGUACUCAAGUGCACACAACGGUCAAAGAGCAGACAUCAUGUAUGAUGUGUAGUUUUGCCCCUUUUUUUUGUUCCGUUUGCCCUACUUGGCUGAGAGAAACUCAGGAAAUGUUAAAGCCACCCUGUGUCUGCCACCCCCUAUCCAUUAGAUUCCCACGUUCAUUUGUGGUGAAUUAUCUUGUACUCUCUGACAUAGUCCUUUAAGAGCAUAGUUGCCAGUGUUUGUGAAGCACCUGAGUGACAAAGAAAAUUUUUCUAGAAGAAUUUUAGCUUUUUCCCUAAAAUAUAUUAUUUUUCAGAAGUGAAGCAUGUGUCAGUAGUGGAAAACCCUAUUGAGUUUCCCCCUCCCUCUCCGGACUUAUGAAGCAGUGGGAAGCUCAUGAUGGGAAAAAAACCAGCUUGUAUAAAGCAACAAUAGUCCUUCGUUUUGGAUAGAGCUGACAGCUGACCAGAGAAGGACGCAAAAGCAGACUCAACUGAAUAGCAGCAGUUGGGUAUAGAGAAAUGUUUCCCAGCAUGGAAAUAAAUGUUACUUCCUGUUCAGCAGCUGACCCCUGUUGAGAAGUAUCGGUAGGUCUUUUAGAAAAUUGCAGGUUUUUGUGGGGAAUUGGUAACAGCAAGAGUGUGGGCUUGUGCUCAUACUUCUAAAACCACAAGAGGUGCAGCUCUUUUUCCUUAGAGGGCUUCAAGAAUGCUUGUGGGCACUGUAGCAAAACACACAAGGAAAAUGUGGUCUAGCUUUUCUCCACUCACUUAUUUCUUUGCUCACAUGCUAAUUGUUCUUGUUGUUUCCCCCUCCAAAUGUUUCUGGACAUUGGUUUGUAAGACAGGAGAUAAAGAUCUCUUGGAGAAAAGUGGCUAGAAGUUCCUUCUGCCAUCUAUGUGAAAUGAAGAAAGAAAUAUCGAAUUGGAAUAAUGAGGCUCUUCAAAUGUGCUCAGACCUAUUAGCUAGUAGGAAUACGCCCGUGAGGAUGUGAGGAGGAGAGGAAAUCCCCCUUUUGCUGGUCCUGUACUCUCUCCUUUUUUUCCUCUGGGCAUUGCCAAAGAUGCUAGAGGUUGCCUGUAAUACCCCAAAAUGUGGCUGAGAUCUUGUGAGGAUUUUGUAGAAGGUUUUGGUGUUUUACAACAUUUUUUAUUUAACUGCGCUUACUUUUCCCCCCAGAUAUCCCAGAUUCACAGAAAUGUAGACUUUAGCCCUCCCCUUGCAGAUUUUUCAUUUGUGGAGUGGGGGGCACCCAUAUUCAAAAUCGUACAUCCAGCUAUUCUCACAUCUACAUCUAGCUAUUCAAAAUCCUACAUCCAGCUAGAUUACUGCCACCCACAAGUACACAAUGAUGCCUCCAAUUUCUUUUCCUGCUAGUUCCUGAUAAUGCCAUUUAACUAACAUUUCCCCCAUUUAUUGUAUGACAAUGCCAUGUUCGGACUGCUUCAGUGAAAUUAAAUGAGAAAUGAAUGCUUUCAA